GGAGGCGCGCGUUGUGCUUCUGGCUGUGUCUGCUGCGGUUGCUUUUGGCAUGGGGGAAAUUUAUGCGAAGUUUGUGUCUCAGAAAAUAAGCAAAACCCGCUGGCGACCGGUGCCUCUGGGGAGCCUGCAGACCGCGGAGACCUUCGCUACGGGCUCUUGGGACAAUGAGGAAAAUUAUGUUUCACUGUGGUCUAUUGGAGAUUUUGGAAACUUGGACUCUGAUGGAGGGUUUGAAGGAGACCAUCAGUUAUUAUGUGAUAUCAGACACCAUGGUGAUGUAAUGGAUUUACAGUUUUUUGACCAGGAAAGAAUUGUAGCUGCUUCAUCAACAGGAUGUGUAACAAUUUUCCUUCACCAUCCAAAUAACCAGACUCUGUCAGUCAACCAGCAGUGGACAACAGCUCACUACCACACAGGUCCUGGUAGUCCUUCCUAUAGCAGUGCACCAUGUACAGGUAUUGUAUGCGAUAACCCAGAAAUUGUUACCGUUGGAGAGGAUGGUCGAAUAAAUCUCUUCAGAGCUGAUCACAAGGAAGCUGUAAGAACUAUAAACAAUGCAGAUAGCAGUACACUCCAUGCUGUAACCUUCCUUCGAACUCCUGAGAUUCUUACGGUAAAUUCAAUUGGACAGUUAAAAAUAUGGGAUUUCAGACAACAAGGAAAUGAGCCCUCUCAGAUAUUGUCACUGACUGGUGACCGAGUGCCACUCCACUGUGUCGAUAGACAUCCCAGCCAGCAGCAUGUUGUAGCUACUGGUGGCCAAGAUGGAAUGUUGAGUAUUUGGGAUGUUAGACAAGGUACUAUGCCUGUAUCUCUGCUAAAGGCUCAUGAAGCUGAAAUGUGGGAAGUUCACUUUCACCCAUCCAACCCAGACCAUCUAUUUACUUGUUCUGAAGAUGGAUCCCUCUGGCAUUGGGAUGCCUCCACAGAUGUACCUGAAAAGUCAUCACUCUUUCACCAAGGAGGAAGAACUAGUACUUUUUUGUCUCACAGCAUUAGUAACCAGGCUAACGUUCAGCAGUCUCUUAUAAGUUCCUGGCUCAGCACUGAUACUACAAAAGACCGUAUUGAAAUCACAAGCUUGCUUCCUAGUAGGACUCUAUCUGUGAACAGUUUGGAUGUUUUAGGUCCUUGUCUUGUUUGUGGAACUGAUGCAGAGGCAAUUUAUGUUACUAGACAACUUUUUGUGUGAAAGUACUGUGAUUAUAGGAUUUUCAGUAAAACAUCCUUUUGAAUUGCAACUCCGUACAAAAUUCUGUUAUUAGAAAAUGUGAGAUUUGCAGGGGAAACAUCAGUAAACUAUUGUUAAUGUUGCUGUCUAGUUUCGGCUUUCGGUAGUUGUAUACUCCCAACUAAUAAGCUGAAUGGUGCAGAAUCUGACAGAUAAAAAAGGUCAGAGGAAUCCUUGUGUUGAUGAGUAAGUUGCCUUCAAACAGUCUACUGUCAAUAGUUCGUGGAACCAACUCUUAAUUUUUUAUAUUAUGAGACUUAGUCAAAACCACCAACAGGUUUCUAUAAUUUUUAUCAACAGCAUAUGGAGUAUACCCCUUCCAGUGGCAUUAGCCAGUGUUAAUGUUUAUUCUUUUUAUUGCAAGUAUUUUCUUCAAUCCUUCCCCAUUUUAUUUCCUUAAUAAUUUUAAUAAAUUUUUUCGGAAAGAAUUGAGUAAAGCAAAAAUGACAGAUUUAUAGACAUGUUCCAUUUUUUUAAAGAUGAAGAUGUUUUGACAAGUUUAUUCAUUAGAAUAGGUUUGACCAGAACCCUGUCAACUGCCUAGUCCCAACUUUUUUUUUUCUUCGAAAGAAAAAAGAAAAAUACAUUUUUCCUAAGGAUUUUUGCUUUUGUUUAGUUUUACAAUGUAAUUGAAAAUUGCCAAACUGUACGUUGUGCAAUAAAGUAGAAUUUGAUAUUGAUAAGUGAACUGACUUCAAACUAAAAUUCGAAAGAUAACAAGUGUGAUAAUAGUAUGAUAAUGUAGUAAGAGUAAAGAAUUUUACUAUAUUUAUCCUUACCUAAUAUAUUAAUGAUGGCCUAACAUGUAGUGUUUUAAGACAAUUUUAUGAUAUUGUCUUUCCAAAGUUUGUUAGAUUAAAUACAUUAUUUAUUGACCUAAGACCUUAAUGACAAAUCACUGCU